AUGCAAGAAAUGAGUUCAGAAGAAUGGAAAUCAUCAACAAAGCGGGAGACUCUGCGUGGCAUGGAACAAGAGCUGCGGAACCUCAUCGAAACCGCUUCUGCAGAUCAGAAAGAAGUUAAUUUUGAGUUUUGUUAUGCUGAAGCUAUACAAGAAGAACUCACUGGUUUUCGGGAUUUGUUUUCUCGUUUUUUGCGAGCUAAACCUACCAUCGACUGGAAGAAAAUCCAGCCAUUACCCGAAAAGUCAAUUGUAUCCUAUAAAGAAUUGCAACUGCAUAAUCCUAGCAAAGAUUUGGUGGCUGAUCUGUUAAAUAAAUUGGUGGUAGUGAAAUUGAACGGUGGUCUAGGCACAUCGAUGGGUUGCAAAGGUCCAAAAUCUGUGAUAUCUGUUCGAAACGACUUGACAUUUUUGGAUUUGACAUUGCAGCAGAUUCAGAACUUGAAUCGAACAUAUGAUGUCAACGUACCAUUGGUUUUGAUGAAUUCGUUCAACACGGAUGAGGAUACGAAGAAACUUUUGAGAAAGUAUAAAAAUGUACAAGUAGAUGUUCACUCUUUUUGUCAAUCCAGAUAUCCACGAAUAUACAAAGAAUCAUUAAUGCCAAUGGUAAAAAAUGCUGCUGAUAGCGAUUUGGAGGGAUGGUAUCCACCAGGACACGGUAAUUUCUAUGAAGCGUUCUAUAAUUCAGGACUUUUGGAUAAAUUUCUUCAUGAAGGAAAACAGUUUUCUUUUAUGUCAAAUAUUGACAACAUGGGAGCUACUGUUGAUAUGAAUGUUUUGAACUUCAUAAUACAAGGCAUUGAUGGUCAACAACCCGAAUUCGUCAUGGAAGUUACUGAUAAAACAAAAGCCGAUGUUAAAGGUGGCACACUGAUUCAGUAUGAAAAUCGAUUAAUGUUAUUGGAAAUCGCUCAAGUGCCAAAAGAUUAUGUUGAUGAAUUUAGAAGUGUGAGCAAGUUUAGAAUUUUUAAUACGAACAAUUUAUGGGCAAAAUUAGAAGCAAUUAAACGAGUGGUUGAAAAAAAAGAGUUAGAAAUGGAAGUAAUCGUUAAUACGAAACAUUUGGAUCGUGGCGUUGAGGUGAUACAGUUGGAAACGGCCGCUGGUGCUGCUAUCAAGAACUUCAAAGGAUCUUGUGGGAUUAAUGUUCCUCGUUCGCGAUUUCUUCCAGUAAAGAAAACUUCGGAUCUUUUAUUGUUAAUGUCAAAUUUAUAUGAUAUUGAAAAUGGCAAUUUAACGCUUAGUAAGCUUCGUUCUUUUCCAACAACACCACUUGUGAAGUUGGGCAGUUCUUUUGAUAAAGUGCAAGAAUAUUUAAAGCGUUUUCAAGGCAUACCAGAUUUGCUUGAAUUAGACCAUCUAACUGUAUCUGGUGAUGUUUGGUUUGGUAAGGAUGUCACGUUAAAGGGUACAGUAAUAAUAAUAGCAAAUCAUGGUGAUCGUAUCGAUAUCCCAGCCGGAACCAUUCUUGAAAACAAAAUCGUUUCUGGCAACUUGCGUAUUCUGGACCACUAA